UUUAGAACACAUAAAAUGGGUCGAUUCUUUCGGUUAGGGUUUCAGGCUCUUGAAUUUGCUAUUAAGGUUUCUCAGGAAAAUGGCCGAUGAAGCUAACAGAACUGCAUUUAUGGAGAUUCAAGGUCACAUGAUCGAAACUACUGGAAAAUUGAAGCAGGUGCAGAACCAGAUGCGGAACAAAGAAGGAGAAAAGAAGCGUGCUUUCUUAACCUUGGAAGAACUGCGCCAAUUGUCUGAUGAUACAAACACAUACAAGUCUAUAGGGAGAACGUUCGUCUUAGAGCCAAAAUCGGCCUUAAUGAGUGAACAGGAACAGAAGCUCAAGGAUAGUGAAGCUGCAAUUGCUGGUUUACAGACUUCCAAGGAAUACUUAGAGAAGCAGAUGGCAGAGGUAGAGAACAACCUGAGGGAGCUGCUGCAGCAAGAUCCAGGUCUUGCUCGUCAAAUCAUGUCGAUGACUGUAAUGUAAACCUUUUCUGAAAAUUCCUCAUAUCUUCAUUGUCUUACGCGCAAAUCAAAAGCUGGAUGUUUGUGAUAUUGCUUGUAUAAUCAGCUUGCCUACUCCUUUGAUCAUGAUCAUAAUUUUUGUCUGAAACAUUACAUUUCAUUUGUGGUAGUUGACAUGGUAUGAAUGAUAUGAGUUAGGAACCUACCGUUGCAAA